UUCGCUCUCUGACUUUUCGUGAAUUAUUGUCUAAACAGUCACACAACCGGUUAACAGAAACAUUGAGCUAUGUGCAUGGCGUACGUAUUUUUGGCUUUACUGUUCCUUAAAGGCUCAGCAGCAGUAUGCUGCCAUGGAAUUCUCGGACUGAACUUAGCAGUCCAGUGCAACGACGGAAAAUCAGCGUAUCGUUUAUAUUGCGGGAGGGGCAGUUGCAAUUUAUUUGGAUGUAACUGCUAUGGAGGAUGUAGAGGAGACCCCUAUCCAACCGACUAUCCACGUGACCAUCCACGCGACUAUCCACGUGACCAUCCACGCGAUGAUCCACGCGAUGAUCCACGCUUGUAUCCACGCUUGUAUCCAUUUGAUGAUCCACCACUGUAUCCACGCGAUGAUCCUCUCGGGUAUCAACACAACUAUCCACGCGAUGAUCGAGGCGAUAAUCCACGCGAGUAUCCACUCGAUGCUCGACCCGAUAAUCCACGCGAGUAUCCAGGCGAUGAUCCACGCGAGUAUGAACACAAAUAUCAACGCGAAUAUCCACGCGACUACGUAUAAGUUUCAACUACUUGCAUCAGCUGCACAUUACAUUUUCGUAGCCAAUUUGCGCAGAUAUAGUGUCAUCUCUUUCCACAAAUACUAAAAUAGCGGUAGAAAUGUAUAAAUGCAGCACAAUAUAACAAAAAUAAAUAAGUUGUUUAAUAGUCUUCAA